AUGUUGGCAUUAAGGUCAUGGAGAUUACUCCUCGUGUCUUGCCUGCUCGCCUUCUCUUGGAUGAUACCAUUCACUGAUGCUGAAAAAGAUCCCAACUCCGUACACCCAACUCGAAAUCUAUUGAACGAAAACGAGACGGUGCAUGUAAAUUCUGAUGGUGGGGGUGGUGGUGGUGGUGGUGGAGACGAGGACGGAGACGGUGGAGCCGACGAAGACCCUUGCGCAAAAGCCACGGAAUGUAAAGACUGUGAGACUGCAAGUUCACAUUUCACCGACGACGACGAAGAAGUCUGUCGAUGGUCACUUGGGACAUCGGAGGUACUGGAGUGUAUGAAGAAAAAAAAGAGUGAAGUGGAGGAUAUGCUCGGGGACAUGUGUAGCGCAAGUGGUGCAAAUGGCUCGAAUAGCGACGGCAACAAGUUCCCUGUAGACGAUUCUGCUGGAGAACCUUCUGCUUCUCCGCCAUCCAAGGCACCGACAAGCGAUAGUGGAAUGAAUUAUCCAGAAGAGGAUGAAGGGAAUGGUGCUGUUCUUGCAAUCGUUCUGCUAAUGGUCUUUGUUGGCAUUGCAUAUUCCAAUCGAGGCAAGAUGUUGAAGGUUUUGAAGGGCUCUGAUGGAUUCGAUGGAAUGGGAGGAAGCGGAGAAAGUGGUGGCUCUGCAUCCAAACCAGUCAAAUACCAUGAUAUACCUGGCGAUGAAGAUGACGAAGAAUGGGGAUGGGGAGACGACAAAGAUAGCACCAGUGGUGAAAUCGAAUUACCAGCAAACGAAAGUGCAGGAUCCAUUGGUAGCUACAAGGACGAAGUAGUUCACAAACGCAAUACAUCUAUCGACAUCAAAGAUCCAGUGUCUUACAACAACCCGAGCGCUUCACCCAUGACAUCUUCUAGUAGGCCUGCACCGGCCCCUAGCAGUGGAGGGCUGAAUUUGUCUUCUUCUGCUACAAAUACAAGGACCUCCAAUUCAGGAAGCUCAACACCAGUGAAGUCGGGAAUGGGCUUGAUGUCAAAGCAGCAGAAACCAAAGCCAAAGCCAGUCGCCAAAUCGCCAGCAUCCGCGCCUGUGAUGCCUGCACCAGCUGCUGCACAACCCAUUCCUAAUUCAGCUGCCAUGCCUAUUCCACAACGCAUCACAUCCUUGGGGAAGAAGAAGCCUGUGGCGCCAGCCAAGUCCAAACCCACAACCAAACCGCCAGAGGAUGAUAUUUUUGCAUCCAUGGGAUUGAGUGCCAAGCCCAAAUUUUCGGCUCCAGUUUCAGGAGGCCCAAAAACAACCCCCGCAGCAGCAUCCGGCGGGAGCCGAUGGGCAACCCCAGCAAACACUGCUGCUGUGACGGCAGUUGCCAGCACUUCCAACACUCUAUCGGCUAACUUCAGUAAUGAUGGCGGAGAAGAUGGUGGAGAUGCUGAUGAUGACUGGGGAGACGAUGACGAUUUGAAUGAUCUUCUCGAUGAUUAA